AUGUUCUGCAACGGUUACUCGUCCACCACAGGUUUCGCCCCUGGAGCCAACGCUUCGGGCAUCGCUCACUACCUGAUGGCCCAGACGGUCCUGCUGGCGCAUGCGCGCGUCUACCGGCUCUACGACCAGCACUUCCGCCUCAAGCAGAGGGGCAGGGUCGGCAUCACGCUGGACGGGGCCUGGUACGAGCCACUGACCAAUAGUAAGGAAGACGCUGAUGCUUCGGAGCGCCAGCUGCAAUUCGAGGUGGGCCUGUGGGCGAACCCCAUCUUCUCGUCCCAGGGAAACUUCCCCAAGGUGGUGCGCCAGCGCGUGGCAGCCAACAGCAAGCAGGAGGGGCGAGCCAAGUCACGACUACCUACGCUCUCCCCGUCCGAGAUUCACCUCAUCAAGGGCACGGCUGACUUCUUCGGUCUGAACCAUUACUUUUCAUCUUUUAUAACUUCCGGGAGUAGUCGCCAGGAGCCUUCGAAGUUGCACGACGCUGGUGUCGUCACAUCCACCAUUCCAGGCUACUGGAUCACGGACGUUCCAUGGGGACUCCGGAAGCUCCUCAACCGGGUGCGCGACUCCUACCCCGGUUACCCCAUCUUCGUCACGGAGAACGGCUGGGUGGACCCUCCUGGCAUACUCAAUGACACGGGCCGCAUCCACUAUCUCAGGGGCUACGUCUCAGCUAUCUUGCGAGCCAUCAAUGAAGACGGCGUGCCAACGAUCGGUUACACGAGCUGGAGUCUAAUCGACAACCUGGAGUGGAUGGACUGGUACACAAUGAAGUUCGGACUGUACUCUGUGGACUAUGAUGACCCUGAACGACCGAGGACGCCAAAGGCUUCGGUGGCCGUCCUGGCAGACAUUUACAAGAACAAGGCGGUGCCGUGGAAGGACUUCGAGAAUGCCAACACCACGCCACCUUCUUAG